AUGCGAUUCGGCAAGACGCUGCGGAAUUCCAUCUAUCCGCCAUGGAAAGAUCAGUACAUGGAUUACGGCAAGCUCAAGAGCCUAUUGCGGGAGGACGAGGAGGAAAACGACGGGGCGUGGACAGCCGAUGACGAGAACCGGUUCAGCGACGAGAUCUUGAACGUGCAGCUUGAGAAGGUGGCAGCCUUCCAGGCGGCGACGUUUCAGAAGCUGGAGCAGCGGGCCAACGAGGCGGGUGAGAAGCUGCGCGAUCUCUUGCCCGAGGGGGAGGGGGACAGGAAGGCCAAGGGAGAUAUCACGACGGGUCGGCUCAAGGAGAUUGAGGAGGAGCUUGACAAUAUCAUUAAUGAGACGAAGGAGUUGAAGAAGUAUAGUAAUAUCAACUAUACCGGAUUCUUGAAGAUCGUUAAGAAACAUGAUCGGAAACGGGGCAAUAAUUAUAAGAUGAGGCCGAUGUUGCAGAUGACCUUAUCGAAGAGGCCUUUCAACUCCGAACAGGGCUAUUCUCCGCUGUUGAACAAGUUGUCUAUGAUGUAUUUUGUGGUUCGUCAGCAGCUUGAUGAGGGUCCGGACCAGCCAGUAGUCGCCCCGUCUUCCGAUGCGCAAUCGCAAACGCUGAACGGCGAGAAAUACACGGCUUAUAAAUUCUGGAUCCAUCAAGAUAACCUUCUCGAGGUCAAGACCUACAUACUUCGCCGACUUCCUGUUCUUGUCUACAGCGAGCAAUCUUCCAAGGGCCUUGAGGCUCAAGGAGAUCCGACUCUUAACUCUCUCUACUUCGAUAAUCGAGAUUUCUCGCUGUACUCGGAAAAGGUCGCUCGCCAGGUGGAGGCUGCGUCACUGCGCGUUCGAUGGUAUGGGCAGUUGAGCGCCAAUCCCGAGCUCGUUAUCGAGCAAAAGAUCACACAUGAGAAUGGUAGUAAUGAAGAGAAGCGAUUUCCCAUUAAAGAGAAGUAUCUGCAGCCAUUUAUCAAGGGCGAAUAUAAGAUGGAGAAAAGCAUACAAAAGAUGGAACGUCAGGGGCAGCCUGAAGCCAAGGUUGAGGAGUUCAAGAACACCGUCAAUGACAUCCAGGAAUUCAUCCGGGCAAACGACUUGCAGCCGGUCUUGCGAGCCAAUUACACCCGGACGGCCUUUCAGAAACCCCUAGAUGACAAGAUCAGGAUUUCCAUCGAUACACAAGUGGCCUUCAUUCGGGAGGAUGCCUUGGAUCCGGAGCGGCCGUGCAGAAACCCCCAGAGUUGGCAUAGACUUGACAUUGACAACAGUUCAAUGGUCUAUCCAUUUCCCAACAUUAACCAGGGCGAGGUCUCUCUGUUCCCCUACUCGAUACUGGAAAUCAAAGUCAGGGAGGAUGGGACCAAGAAGCACCCGCAGUGGAUUGAGGACCUGAUGUCCUCACACCUCGUUCACAAAGCACCACGAUUCUCAAAAUUCGUCCAUGGUGUGGCGUCACUAUUCGAAGACCAUGUGAACAGUCUACCAUUCUGGCUGAGUGAAGUUGAGACGGACAUUCGCAAAGAUCCGCAAGCGGCAUUCGAGGAGGAGGAAGAGAGGAAAGCGAAGGAGGCUGAAGAUGGGCUUAUGGUUGGUAGCCUUCUAGGCACGUCGAAGCCAAGCACGAGUUACAAGGCGGCUGUCAGCUCGCCACUUAGCAAGUCGUACCUGCAGGAGAGGCUCUCUGCAGAGGACAGGGCUAGGAGUCAGUCAGAUGCCAAUAUGCGUCAAAUCACAUCACAUGACCAGGAAGACGAGGAGGAAGGGGGAGGACCGAGCGGCAGAUAUGGUGCAUUAUCUUCCGUCCUGCCGUCCUUCUCGAUCUCCAAAUAUGCGCAAUCGCGCAGAGAGAGGCGUAGCGUUCAGCUCCCGCCUGGAAUUACGAAGCCCGCACAGCUCAUCAAGGACUCGGGGCCGUUGCAAGUAGAGCCCAAGGUAUGGUUGGCAAACGAACGAACCUUCUUGAAGUGGCAACAUAUCUGUAUAUUGCUAGGCGGACUUGCCGUUGGUCUUUACAGCGCGGCCGGAGAGGAUCUCGUGGCGGAGAUCAUGGGCAUCGCAUAUAUUGGCAUUGCGAUGUUUGCCGGAUUAUGGGGUUAUUAUACAUACCACACACGGCGGAAGAUGAUCAUCGCAAGGAGCGGCAAGGAUUUUGACAAUAUGGUGGGGCCGAUGAUUGUCAGCUUCGCGCUGAUGAUUGCUCUGGUACUGAACUUUAUCUUCAAGUACCGAGCAGCUUUGAGCACUACGUAUGAGAUCGGCGGCUCCCACUCUAUUUCUGGCGGAUCGGUAACCCCUCCGCCGCCUCAGCCCCUCCUCAGCCUUGCGACGACCAAGAACAAAUGUCGAGCUACAACUGUCGCGGCAUGUCCUGGCCAGAUAAUCAUGAGCGAUACCAUAAUCAUGAGCGAUACUAAGAAGAAGCUAUUCGGGCUCUUUAGGAGCCGCUCGGUCUCAGAGAAGAAGUCUAGAGACUUCCCGCCGCCGGUACGGUAUACUCGAGCCCCGAACUUUGAUGCAGAACAUAUCAGUAGUCAUCGAGAGGACGGACGAUCAUCCACUCCAACCCGUCUCGGACGUUCACAUAGCACGCAUUCUCAUAUGAGACGGCGUAAGAAACCGAGAGCAGCCCCACGGCAGGUCCUGACAUCGUGGCCUCCUGCGAAUAUCCCACCUGAUGGGAUUCUUUCGCAGGGAGAGGCAGAAGAGAUUAUUGCCUCGGGGGCUCCCGUAUUCAAAGGGCACCGACGAGCAAUACCGCAUGCGUCGGACGACUACUACGCAUUCUACGCGACGUGUGAGGGAAAUGAAGGUGCGGGAAACGAUGGCGCAGAGCCGUACAAUGCAGCGUUUACUGCCAUGUCAUUCCGACUUCGUGGUGGUUCUGGAUCGACUUUAUACCCGUGGGAAACGCUGGAGCAGCCUAGUCUCUCCUUCUGCUAUGGUUACAGACCGGGUACGAUUACUCUGAAUCACUGGGUGAGCUUGUCAGGAAAACCAAACCCGCGCAUCGAACUACGAGAUCCGGACGUGAAGCCCAGAGAGGUAGAGCUCUCGACCAUACUGCAGCGUUUGAUAGAUCUCCAGGGGGGCUUUGAGGAGGAUGACGCAAAUCUGAUGUACAAGAACCUCUACCGCAAUCUUCUCAAGGACCCCGACAGAUACAUCAGCCCGCAUAAAGCUAUGGAGAAACAGAUCGCCGACCUGAUCAUCGUCCUGUCCAGGAAGGAGUGGAUCGAUUUUAGCAGGCCCGAGAAUCAAGUCGUGGCCAAGUUCUACGCAAGCGCAACGUAUACGGAUCACAGGCGGUAUAAAGCCUUCUUUCACCAGCUUCUCUUGAGCAUGGAGCUAGACUUGAGGAUUAACUCGAAACAGCAUACGGACUGGGCAAAGGGGAAGCUGUUGUCGCAGCUCCCGCCGUGUAUAGCUUGGGAUCUGGCACUUGCUCGGAAAUGGCGUGAAUGCAUGUCUAUCGAGAAGUUCAAGACGGGCGGUGAUCCUGAGCAGAUUAGGUUCUACCUCAAGGUCAAAAACGCCCAAGUGAAAGCACUGAGAAAGUUCGCCCGCGCCAUGAAAUGGCCCAAUCUCGCCACGGUCGACAACGUGCUCAAAGAACGAGACCCUCACGCCACGCCCCUCGAAGACCGAAGUUCCGACACCAUGUCCUACUUCACAGGCGUCAUCCUCCCAGGCGUCACGCUUCCCUACCUCGUCAUGAACUCCCUCAUCGACUGCGACGACGACCAAGGGACCAGCGCCCUCGCCGCCCUCACCCACAUGCAUCCGCACAGCGGUUUCCAAUACAAGAGCACCACCUACUGGUCCUCGACCUGCAUCGUAGGAAAAGUGCUCGCGCCCACCUGCCGCGAGAUCUGCGGCUGGGUCGGCCCUGCCCGUCCCGCGCCCGACCUGGCACGUAUCCAGAUCGCGCGCAUCCGCUCACGACGUCCGCCGAGAUACCCAUUACCCCAUCUGACAGCUAGCGAUAUGACCAGCAUGUCUCUCCGUUCCGAUCCUCUCGGUCCGCCCUCUUCCACCGGGUAUCCAGUCUCCGAAUAUCAUCUCCCUAUCCCGGACCCCACUGACAUAGUCGACACCAUCCGGAUCGAGAAACUCGCUCUGAAACCCAUCGUUCCCCUCCCCCCACCUCCCUCUUCCUCUCAAUCCACCUCUCAAUCCCCCUCCUCUCAACAAGCCCCAGGAAAAAAUGUAAUAGGCAAAAAACCACUAACCUACGACGCCGCCAUCCAAUUCGCUAUCUGGGGCCGCUCCUGGCCUCUGCGUCUCUCAUACGAUACCUCAUUCAUAGCUGCCCAGCCUUGUGCCGGCGGUCCACAUCCCUUAUUUGAUGAUUAUGUGUAUCAUGCCGUGCGCGCUGACGAGUUACUUCGAUUGAGAGGAUGGGGCUCGAAUACCCCUCCCCCUCCUCCGGUCCCCAAACAUUCCUCUCCUCCCUCUCCCUCUCCCUCUUCUCCUCCUUCUUCCUCUACCAAAAACCCAGACGCAGGAUCAUCAUCAUCAUCUACGAGAAUCGAUAACAACAACAAUAAAGCAGCGACCAAAGAUGAAGAACGCGUCCUAGUCGUAGAAUCCUUCGGAGUACCAGAUACCGAGGUUCUGGUGCGUGCUUGGUGUAGUCAUUGGGGAAUUGCCGCGUUGGUUACGGAUGUGCGGUGGACUUGUAUGGCAUGUGCGAUCCGAGAAGCAUACGCAGCGUGUUUAAACGUGGUGAUUUUGAUUGAUGGAUAUGGACAGCAGGGAGAGGCAGAUGGGGAGGAGGGGCAGGGGGAUGGGAUAUCGGUAUAA